GACUCCCAGGAGAAGAAUGCCAACCCGGUGAAGGCAGAGGAGGCCAAGCUGAAGGCCAAGUACCCCAGCCUGGGCCAGAAGCCCGGCGGCUCAGACUUCCUGAUGAAGAGAUUACAGAAAGGGCAAAAGUACUUCGACUCGGGCGACUACAACAUGGCCAAGGCCAAGAUGAAGAACAAGCAGCUUCCCGUGCAGGGGCCCGACAAGAACCUGGUGACCGGCGACCACAUUCCCACGCCGCAGGACCUGCCCCAGAGGAAGUCGUCCUUGGUGACAAGCAAGCUAGCCGGCUAGCCUCCACCAUCCCAGAAGCACCCUCAACCCCCCUGGGACUCCCGGCAAAUGUCCCUCCUCCUCCUCCUCCUCCUCCUCACCCAUGUCCCCAAUAUGUCCAUCCCCUCCCCUCCCUUCCCUUUUCAUCCCCAGGCACCACUGGCUUUAACAUGUCGGGCAGAGUUGUAUAAGUUAAAACUCCAUUUGCUUGUAUGUGGGUGGGGCGGGGUGGGAGGGAUGGAGGUUUAGGCGGCCCUCAAGGUCGCAGCCUUCUCUGCCUUCCCACCGCGCACAGCUCUGCCCACUCUGCGCACUCUGCUCUACCGCCUCCCUUAUGUCUUGGUUUUCGGUGUUCCAAGAUGCAUCACAGUAGGUGUGUGUCAUCGGGCAGGGGUUGGAUGGGGUGAGUUAAUGCACUUUGUAGUCUCUAUAGUAUGCUUUGUUCUUUUUUUGCAUCCUAAAUGACACCAAAAUGCGUGUGAGGGAGUUAGGAACCAUGAUCGCAGCGCGUUCGUUGAUUUUUAUGUUCCCUAUCUAUGCUGGUGGCUGGCUUCGGCGGGAGGGGUUAGAAGAUGUAUGUGAAUAAUUGCUUGUGUACCAAAUCUGUGAGGGGAAGCUGUCUAGUUUAAGCGUUCUUUAGCAUUCACUGACACCAUGUUGGGAAAUGGAGGAAGUGAAUGGAGGCUCCCUUUAGUCUCAUCCUUUGGUCACGUUUCGUCGAACAAAAUCCGAGGUCAUCUGCUGCAGCUCAGCCAAACGGAUUUGAACCGCCACCUAUUUUUUUUUCCCCUCUCUCUGCUCAUGUUGCUUUAAUUCUUGACUCCCUUUGCUCCUGUUCUCUCUAAAUAUGCUGCAUGAUUGUAACAUGUAACAAAAAAAGAAAUUGAACAUGUUUUUAACGGGAGUGGGGCAUCUGCUUAGUGAUAGGAAGUAUCAAAACAAACACACAAAGCCCUCAAACGUCCAUAGUCACACUUCCUUCCCUCCUUUCCUGUUUGCUGUCCUGACAAUCCAUGUACACACACUCCAGUUAGGGGCCCAGCGCAGGAGCCAGCUGAGUAUAUCCUUGUAUUAUUUCAAAUGGCUGGGAACCCUGCCAAUCUCGGAGUUCAGUCUUAGUUUGGUUGCUGUUGAGUUGCAUCAAGACGUGUGUUUACUAUGGGCCUAAAAGAUUUGUGGGGGGAUUGAAGCACCCUGCAUAGAGUAUAUGCUUCUGUAAAUAAUACUCAGACAAGCACGUAAUUCGUGAUAAGCUUGGCGCUUUGAGGACCAGACCAGCUAACAUGCCUGAGAGAAAUGCUAGUGCUAAAUCGACUCACUUGGGAUUACAUCCUGGGAUUUCUGGCUUGGAAAUUCUGUGCUUUACCAGCUGAGCCAAAUGUCACACUGCAGCUAUCGGGCUCAGAGGCCGCGGGUACCCUUGUCUUUCCACUGCGACUGUUACCAUCUAAUCAUCUUGCUCACAUUGUGAUGUGAUGAGGCAGACUAGCCCAAGCUGAUCUGGCUCACACUGCGCUUGGGUCUCCAUGGAGGCAUGAAAGGUUAUUUAAACACAAUCCAGACAUUUACGGACUUUCUUGUCAUCUUUGAAUCACGGAUCCAGACACUGCUAAAAGUUAGCAUUUGAGUGUCACACGUGAGCGUAUUUUUUUAAAACGACCACUGUAUUCAAUCACAGUCCCAUCGAAAAGAUAAAAGUAACCACAAUCAUAGCCUCCAUAGCUGUGUCCCAUAACGGCACAUGUGCAGUGAAAAUGGUUUUCAGACAUUUGGGACCGGCCAGAAGAAUUAUUCUCCUUUAGCUGCUUGUUAAAGCUAAAAAAAAGGUAAAUUUCUCAUUUUUUGUGGGAGAUCAUUCUCUCAAUGUUUUAGCACUUUCAGAAUAUCCCAGUGUCACAGUCCGAUGUAGUAAUUCCCUUCACAUCUUGCCGUUGUGAAACACUAACUUUAGUACAAGAAUAGUACUACUUUCCUUACCUAAAACCGUAGCUGGAGUAUAGACCUACUUCUACUACCAGCGCCCCGUAGAACGUUUUUUCUUCCCAAACUGACACACUACACAGACUGAUCUUUGAUCUCAGGGGUGUCAGAGGGUUAACAGCAGGCAACCUGAUAACCACAGGUGUCAGCCCAGCUCCCAAGAUCAUCAUCGCAGACUUAAAGUGGGACACUGCGUGCCUACAGGAUACACUCACUCCAACACUUGGCAGAGCAGAGAGAGAUUUUAUAACACAUGUUGAGGGGGCAAAGUGUGAGCCUGUGCUCUGUGCUCUAGUCCCACCCGUUAAUGUGGUUCGACCUCUCAAGGAGGCGAAAGGUGCGAUCAACAAAUCUGCAGACUUUGAAUGCGUGCCAUCCACACAUUCAAGAAUCUGAACUGGAUGCCGGCGCUCUCUGAGAAUCAGCCUCCUUGUAUAAUACUGCUUCAGGGAACCUUCACAAACGCACACUCCACCAUGUAGGCUAGGUGAUAGGGUGCAUGCACCAUCACAUUACUCAACCUCACUUGUUUUUCAUUGACUUUAAAAAGUGUCAAAUUUGCAGUGGGUGAAAGAGAACUGACCUGUACGUAUGUGCUUGUUAUGGUGUUGUAUGAAUGCACUGCUUUAUCUCUGUUCCAGCCAUUGUAAAUAGACUUCAACAGGAAGGGAUUUUUGUGUUGUUUCCCACCUGCUUUUCACUCUUUCAUAGCCUGAGCUAUUUUCUGAUUCAAUGGUUCCUCUCUCCUUUUAGUGUAACACUACUUCUGCUUUAUCUAAGUGAAUUGCAGAGGCCAUGUGAAUCUGUAUCAUAUGAAAAUAUGUGUAAAUGCUGCUGAUUCAGUCAAAGACAAAUCUAAGAGAUGAUACCCUGUAAAGAACACCUGUCCUCUUGAUUCUACCAGUCCGACUCUCAUCUCCCCAAGUAUCUAUGUUUCAGAGUCCUAUAGCUCUCGUGGCAAAGUCCAUUCAGUUGAGACUGUGGUAAACCUCAAUAUAACUUCUACCACAACAUUUUGAUGGUGUAUUGUUGAAUAUGAUCCAACUUUUGGUCCGGCCAGAGCUUAAAAGAAAAGUCUGGAAUGCUUUAUGUCACUUUGAUUGACAUGCACUGACCAUUUAGCAUCAUACUGUGUUUAUAAGCCUGCAGUUUCCUGCUUUAAGAAGUAAAGAAUGUUAAAAGAAAUGGGCGAAUAAGCUACAACAUGUUCUAUGAAACAUCAGUGGGCAGGAGUUCUUGAAUGCUACUUGAUGUUUGGCUUUGCACGGAGCGGUUCAGCGAGAGGAAAUAGCAGGGUAUGUUUCGAACCCAACACACAGGGUGUCUCUCGUUCAGCUAUGAUAAACACGUGCCAGAAUGUAUAAAGAAAUGACAGGCUGUGUGCUCUGAAGUACUUUUGUGCUGCUUUUACCUUAUCUGUUUUGUUGUUGUUUUGCAAGUAAAUGUUCUUUUUUUUUUUCUUGUGUUCUCUUCUCUCAUAAUUGGUAUAUUCCAUCCUGGCCCAAGGUAACUGCAGGGAAAUCAGAGGCACCCUUGCUUCCAAGAAAAAAAAAAUAAGGGUUUACAUGAUAAAUAGGAUGACUGGAGAACACAGGAAUGAUUUUAAGACUUCAGAAAGUACAGGAGUACUUGGAAUGUUUCAGUUGUGUGGGAGUAGGUGAGAGGAUUUUUGUCAGUAUUUGAAAUAAACUUUUACAUUAAUAAUA